AUGUCAAAUGCAGAACCUAUACUCCCACCUACUAGCAAAUCGAAUGGGAUUACAAGCAAUGAUGUAAAGGAUAAUCUUUUGGCGAAUAUAACUGAUUCUGUCUCUGAAAACUUAUUUGCCAUCCCUCUUGCAGUAGGAAAAUUAUUUUUUGUACACUCGGGAAAGCAUUAUACUUGUACUGCUAGUGUAAUUGAUACUAGUGAUGGAAAUACAGGACUUACUGCAUCACAUUGUCUUUACAGUGAUGGUGAAUAUUCGAAAAAAGUAAUUUUUUGUCCUGGAUAUGAAGCUGGUAAACCAAGAAGCGAUUUAGGAAAAAUUCGUGUUAUAGGACUUAGUGUGCCAAAAAGUUUCAUGGAAUUUGAGGAGGAUGAUUACGCCGCGAUAAAAUUUGAUUUUGAUGGUAAAUUAAAAGAUCAAACAGGAGCUUUUGGCUGGGGUUUAACUCCACCAAAUCCAGUGAAAGUUACUACAUAUGGAUAUCCAGGUAAUGGUGACUUGAAUUGUCCUAGAGACACGAAAACCUGUUGCUAUUGGGUAGGUGAUGCAACUCAAAAAGACGUGCUUGGGAUACCUGAGCUAACCGCAUGGAAUGUUCCUGUAGUUCUUGGAAAGGGUGGAAGUGGAGGCCCUUGGGUAAUGAGAGUUGGUGCGUUAAAUCCUUUUGGUUAUUUGGUUAGUGUAACAGGAUAUGUCGUUGGAAAUGAUGGAUCAUUUGCGGAUAUAUUAAAUUUUACGCUUAUUAAAGAAUUAAUAGAUUGGCCAUCAAAUUAA